AUGCCGAAGUCAAAAAGGUCGAAACUCGUAUCGCUGACCAAGGUCGCGAAGAAGACAAGGGAGCAGAAGAACGCGCUGCUGAAAGAAGUUCAAGAAAAUGCCGAUAAAUGGCAAUACUGCUGGCUGUUCGAGGUCGGGAACAUGCGCAACUCGCAUCUAAAAACCGUGCGGAGAUUAUGGAAGGACUCCGCGCGGAUAUUCUUUGGGAGGGGGGCCGUGAUGGCCAAGGCACUCGGGACAACACCCGCGGAGGAGCACCGUGUGGGAUUACACAAACUAGCGAAGCAAAUAAAAGGCCAAGUGGGGCUUCUCUUUACCAAUUCUCUACCCGAUGAAGUCCUCGGCUGGUUUGCCGACUUCCAACAGCCCGACUUCGCGCGGUCAGGCAACCAGGCAUCACGCACUGUCGUACUCCCGGCAGGACCCAUCAUGCAACAGCAUUCCUCACCACCAGAACCCUUUCCGCACAAUGAGGAGCCGCAGUUGCGCAAGCUCGGAUUACGCACGAGCAUGAACCGCGGCGUGCCCACGCUGGAGACCGCGCAUACUGUGUGCGAGAAAGGCAAGGUAUUGACGUCUGAGCAGGCGCAAUUGCUGAAGCUCGUUGGCAUCAAGAUGGUAGUGUUCAGGGUGGGCUUGAGGGUGAGGUGGGAGUCUGCGAGUGGCGAGACGGUGCAAAUAGACGGACAUGAGGUUGAGGGGACUGAUGGGGAAGGACACGAAGGUCCGGGGGAUGAUGAGAUGAGUGAGUAG